AAUGUUUCCGGUUCUAUCCCUCCUGCUCCCUGACAUACAGCUUCUAAAGCCGUGCGCUCGCUGCGUCUCCGCGCCGCAGUUCGAAGGCUGAUGUUGAUGAAGUGUGCCGCUAGUUUGAUUCAUUUUUGUUAAGAUGGAGCCUCCGGACUUCGAAGCCACCAACUUCACCCUGGAGCCAACGUCGUCCGCCUACCCGCUCUGUGAGGACUGGAGAGACGGCUCGGAGGGCUCUGUCUUUCACCUCGCCAACAUCUUCUUCUUCUUGGGAUUCAUGGGCGGCAGUGGCUUCUACGGACUCCUCUAUCUGUUCCCGCUCCUCACUCUGGGCUUUUUCUGCUUCUCCAUCUGGGCUUGGUCGGACCCCUGCAGCUCGGAGCCGUUUCUGUGGAGUCUGGCCCUCUCGGGGGUGUGUUUGGGACAAACCUUGCAUGUUGCCUACAGGCUGAGGAGCGUCUCACUCGACAAGGACUUUCAGGAGCUUUACAACUGCAUGUUUAAGAGACUCGGAGUAUCACUGACGCAUUUUUCGAAGAUAGUGGCCUCCAGUGACGGAGAAGUCCACACCAUAGAGAAGAACCAGUGCCUCGCCAUAGAGGGAAAAACCGCUAUCGACAAGCUGUCAGUGCUGCUGUCUGGCAGAAUCCGUGUGACAGUCAAUGGAGAGUUCCUGCAUUACAUCUACCCUUUCCAGUUUUUGGACUCACCUGAAUGGGACUCUCUCAGACCAUCAGAAGAGGGUGUAUUUCAGGUGACCCUGCGUGCUGAUAACCCAUGCCGAUAUGUGGCGUGGAGAAGGAAGAAACUGUACCUGCUUUUUGCUAAGCAUCGCUACAUAGCCAAGAUCUUUGCCUUGGUGGUGCGCAAUGACAUAGCAGAAAAGCUGUACUCACUCAGUGAAAAGGCUUUGGACAGAUCUGGGCACCGCUAUGAUCUCCGCUUACCAAGUUUCUGUCACAUGCCGGGACCAAAUUAGAAAGGAAAUAUGACCUCCUGCAAGUGCCAGUGUAGGGUGUAAGGUUUUCCUAAACACACUUGUACACUCUCCCAGACCUUAAACACUAAGGGCUGACUCACUACAUAUAAGAAUGAGUGUCGGUAAGUCAGGGCGAAAGAGCAUUAUCUAAAAUCCUUUCUAGUAUUGACCUAAUACAAUGUGUUUGGUCUGCUAUUCGCUUAUAAAAUAAUGGUUUGAAGGAAAUUUCUGUAUCACAGAAAGAAGAGUUGAACUCUCCUUCUCACCUUACUAAAAGUGAAAAAGAAUCCAGCACCUAAUAGUAACAUACCGUCUGAGCACUUUGACAGAGUAAAAAGCAAUAAUGCCAACUAGUUAGUUAGUCCCUUGUUAGUUUCUCAAUUUUAUUUUCUCUGGUUGAAAUUAUAUGCAAAAGCAGAACAUAAACAACUCAGACCUUCACUGCUCCACAAAGAGCCAUCUUCAAAUGCCAUUCUGUCAUGCAGCAGUGAAAUAAAACUUAAUGCUUUGACUGAGGAGCUGUUUUGUCUCUGAGCAUUCUGACCUGACUGCUGAGUUAAAUAGCUGUCCAAAUGUUGUGCCUACUUGUGCUAUUCAUUUAAAGGAUAUAAAUCUUACACGUUAUGGGGAACCUCCUCCCGCUUGGACACAGAACGCAAGUCCCCAUAGUGUAAAUACUUUCAUUUUUAGGUAAAGACUCGGUUUAAUGUUGUUGUGAACUUUAGGGUUUGGUUAAGUCUUCCGAAAAUUAAUAUAAAUCAAUGUAAUGUACUGUGAAGUAAUGAAAACAGCUUUGUGUGAAACUGAUUUUACGUUGAUGACACUUAAGAUUGUGCUGUUAAACUGACCCUGAGGGCAAAGGAUUAUAUUAUGAAUUUAAUAUUUAGAACACCAUUAAUUUGUACUUUAUGUGGUGAGUUAGCUCAAUGUAUAGUACAUAGUGAAUGCAGAAAGGAAAGUAAAUAGGUGGCUGUGAGUGUCUUAACCUUCUGAGACUGCAUGAUGGGGAGAAUUAGUGUUAAUUUGAUAUGUUGUGAAUAUUCUAUAAGACUAUAUUUUAUUUCAGAAAUAAAUGAUAUUUUAUUUUGCUGUGUAAAUGUGUCGCAUGAACAGUAGUGUAAAUAAUAUACAAACUGGCUAUGUAGAAUACAGUAUAGAGAAACUGACCAAGAAAUUAACAGCAUUUAAACACUUUUUCAGUCAUCAUCUCAGGAUUGCAUUCGCUGGUCUUGGGCCUUGAGUUAAGUUUAUUUUGUCAGAAUAACAUAUAAUAAAUGAAGCAUUGCACCAGUGGUCCAUUAAAUUGAAGCACAACAACAAAAUUGUAAAAUAAAAAGUUAGCCCUUUAAAAAGUGUUAAUUUGACAAACAAUAUAAAUACUAAAAAUGCUGAAUUUUUCUGUUAGCUCUUAAACAGUAUUCUGUUUAAAAUAAAUCUCAACUUCGAAUUAUUUUGGCUAUGAUUAAAGAAGGCACGGACUAUGAAAGAGUUCUAUGCAUUUGUUUGCAUUCCUAGGGCAGCAUUGUGAUUCAGUGGCAAGCUCUGUCGUCUCACAGCUAGGUUUUGAAUCUUGGUUGGGGUCUUUCUCUGUAGAGUUUGCAUGUCCUCCUUGUGCCCACAUGGGUUUUUAAACCAGGUUCUCAGACUUGCUGUCACAGUCUAAAGGCAUACUUAGAGUAAUUGGUGAUUGUAAAUUGGCGUUGGUCCUGUGAUGGACUGGUGACCUGUACCCUGUAAACCCUGGUGUACUCUGCCUUUGUCCUGAGUUAGCUGGGAUAAGCUCCAGCUCCCCCAUGACUUUCCAGAGGAUGUAGUGGUGUGUAGGUAAUGUAUGGCUGAAUGGAUGUUUGCAUUCCUACAUUGGGAUAUUGGCAUUUUUAUCAACAUUUAUUAAAACAAAGAAGUUGUCUUUGGACAGCAUAACAAAACAUUCCUGUGGUGAGGAAGUCAUGCCCAAGAAAGAUCCCAGGCCCAGACCGGGGUGCAAACCGGGGAUCUUCUAACUGCAAGGUGAUGGUGCUCACCACCGAGUCACUGUCCAUCAGAUAAUUAAUUAAGAUAAUAUUUAAGUAACAUUAACUAUAAAAUAACAGACCAGUAUGUCAGCAUAUGAUUUCUUCACUUCCAUUAUAACAUAGUUUUUAACAAGCCUACGUGCAACAGCAACAUAAUAGCAUUACUGAAAUGCAGCUACACCCCUUCAAACAGUAUUGGAAAAGUGAGGCCAGUUCCUUUAUUUUUGCUGUAGACUGAAAACAUUUGAGUUUGACAUCAAACGAUGAAUAUGAGAUGAGAUCAACAUUUCAGCUUUUAUUUCCAGGUAUUUACAUCUGGAUCUGAUACUUAGAAGAUAGCACCGUUUGUUUGAACCCAUCUAUUUUUCAUGUGAGCAAAGGUAUUGAGACAUAUGACUGACAGGUGUGUUUUGUUGCCCUGCUGUGUCCUAUUACAUUGAUUUUUCAAACAAUAAAUAGCACUCAAUGUCUACAUUCA